AGCUAGAAGUGUAGCGAACAGCAUGUUGUUAAUCUAUAAGUCAACCCCUCCCCAGAGACCUUCAUUAAUAUCAGCACUGCUUAAAAUCCCAAAAUUGAUCAGCGAAAUGACGCAGUAGAAACUUUUCAAACAAAAGGCGGCUGCAUCAAAGCGACAGGUGUCCGGAAAAAAACAGGUAUAUAAACAACUCCAACACCUCGGCAUCCAUCGACUCAUCUACAGUGUAACGACCAAGAAGCCAACACGCACAUCUGAUACUAUGAAGUUCGUUUUAAUAUUCCUGUCGGCCUAUGUUGUGGCCAUCUCUCACCAACAAUUCCAACAACGGCCAAGGAGUCUACUAUGGUGGUCGCCGUAUUACGAACCACUUCCGGUCGAUCGUGAAGAAAACAUCCCGUUUUCUCGUCAGUUGAUGAGGCGCCCUUCAAGACCUCCUCCACCUUACUUUUCUCAAAAUGUGGAUUACAAUUCUGACCUGACUGAGUUGAUUAACGAGCCCAAUGAUGUUUUUAACGAUGGCUUUCCUGACGCCCAGUCCAGGAUAAAAUCGUCAAAUCAUUUCCUGCAGGAUUCGUUUUACAAUCAACAGGCGCAUCCGCGAUUUCUCUACAAUUUUGGCAGCGCUAGCUUCUACAACCCAUUUUUUAAAACGGCGACGUUUACUGUUUCCUCCACUUUGAACUUAUUAUCCAUUCAAAAUUGCGUUCCGGCAUUCCAAGUGUCACCUGUGCCGGUUGCUUGUCGCCGCAAGAGGCAUGAAAUUCAAGAUUUUACCGGAGAGCAGUUUUCCAUUGUUCCUUCGGAAACUCUCAAAUUGAUGCCAACAGAACUUGCGCCAUCAUCGGUUCGAAACACAGAACAAAUUUCGUCGUCUAAAGGCGAUUAUAUCGACUACGGGGAAACAUCGACAACAGACCAACACUCAAGAGGGAAACGGCUUUUCUUCAUCAACAAGAAUCAAUUUGUUGUGUCUACUACUGUGACAUCAUAUUCAUUUUCUUCUACAACUUCUACGGUAACUGUUAAUCUAAUUAAUCCACCACCAGCUGCUCAAUGUAAAGAUGUAGCUGCUCCUCCAAUAGUACAAUGCGUUGCCUGUUUGCCGGCAGGCUUCAUCGUGUGCCCUGCAGCUGCGGGUUAAAGUAUAGAAAACGCCCAAAUUAAAGUUUACUGACAGAUUACUUGUGUGCCUUUUCCAAACCCAGCUAUUAAACCAACUAGAAGAUCCAACUAAAGUUUGUUUUUGCAGUUGAAUUAUGAAAUUCACAUACGUAGAAUAGGGUGUCACGGUAUUACGCUAUUAUUUGUUACGACAAAAACCAUUUCUGUUAUUGAGGUUUUAUUUACUCCCACGUUUACUAUACGCUAAUUAUUCAAUACAUAAGGAAUUCAAUGAU